CAGGCGCAGCGUGCGGGGUGGGGCCUUGCCGGCGGGGUCCGUGGCGGGAGAUUCCCAAGCUGUCAACGCGGUUUGCCAUCUUGGGACCCCAUGGCUGUCCUUCCUGGGCUCUGGGGCUCCUUUGCCCAUGUCAGCAGAGCAUUCAGCCAGCGCUGCUUCAGCACCUCUGGGAGCCUCAGUGCAAUCCAGAAGAUGACUCGGGUCCGUGUCGUGGACAACAGCGCCCUGGGAAACACCCCGUACCAUCGGCCUCCCCGGUGCAUCCACGUCUAUAACAAGAGUGGGGUAGGCAAGGUGGGCGACCAGAUCCUGCUGGCCAUCAGGGGGCAGAAGAAGAAAGCACUCAUCGUUGGACAACGAAUGCCUGGUCCCCGAAUGACCCCGAAGUUUGAUUCCAACAACGUGGUCCUCAUCGAGGACAAUGGCAACCCUGUGGGGACCCGAAUUAAAACACCCAUCCCGACCAGCCUCCGCCGAAGGGAAGGAGAAUAUUCCAAGGUGUUAGCCAUCGCUCAGAACUUUGUUUGAGCAGAGAGGCUCUGAGCUAAGCGGCUAUUCACUCCACACUGGUGACAGUGUCCUGGAACAGAAUAAAUGUUUUACUGUGUGUAUUC